CAUAGACAGUAAAAGAAACACCCCCCCAGGAUCUUGUGUUCUGCAGUGAGGACCAUCUCGCUCCAUCAGGGAAAUCCUCGAUUACUCCUUUUGUUCCCCACUAUCUACUCACUUUGGUUUUCAGUUAAUUACGAUUGGAUGACCGCUCUGACCGAAUCGUUUAGACCAGAUUUGUGAACCAUAGCAACUAAUUCACUAAAACGAUUCGACUCAAAAGAACCAUCCAUUCACAAUGCGGGCAUUGAUAAUGUUACCCACUACCUUUCGUAGCGGGACUUAUAUUAUUUAAAGAAACAGGAAAUCCCCUGUAGGGACCAUACACACUAAGCUUAUCAGUAGCUAGGACGCGUUCGACACUCUGUUUAAGUUGGAAAGCAGUGCAGGUAUGAAAAGGUCCAGAUAUGAAGACGACUCUGGCACAAUACACUUGGUUCAGGAAAGUGGGCAGAAGGCGAACAAGCUCCCUCGAUCCGAGGUUGAAAAGAUGAUUUCAGAUAAGGUUGUGUCUGCAGUCGAGCAGUCAGACUACAAGAUGAAGAAUCUGAUGGAGAGAAUCAAUGAGGUGAAUGGUGAACCCAAAUACGAUGUCAGAAUCAAGAAACUGGAAGCCCAUGUAAUGAAGAUAAAACGAAGGGGAGAUGCCAUAUUUGCAUAUAUUAGAAAGUUCAGAUCCUUGGGGAUUUCUCACAGUCCGUCUCCUCCUUCUUUAAGUCCUCCUCCCAUGCAGCCACAGCAAUGCAUCUCUCCAGCUGAACUAAUAAACAAUAUAUCCAGAAGUUCAGUCAAUGGAGGGUGUUUCAGUAACAGCGCGUCAGUGUCAUCCGCAGACAAUGAUUGUGAGAUGACCACAUUGAGAAGACCAAAGAUGGGGUUCUGGCAGAGUUUGAAGUCUAAGAAUCAGAUUGUUGACCUUACAGAAGAAGACCAAGCAGACAGACUGAAUGAAGAGAGCCUGGUUACCCAACUAUCGGAUCCGAUAUUGGUACCUUCGAAACCAGAACAAUCAAAACCCUCAAGCACACCACCUAUAGCCAUUAAAGAAGAAAAUCUAAGUGGUAUGGAGGAAGACUGUGUCAGUUCUUCAGUACAGUUGGAAGAGGAGGACUGGCACUCAAAACUCCAUCCAUUCCCAGACACUCCAUUUCCCAAUGAGCUUCCAGUUAUUGCUGCCUCUUAUAACUUGCCCCAGAAGCCAGUGGUGAAACUAGCUCGGAUUGGAACCGCACAAGAACUAGGCAUCGCGUGGAACGUUGAUCAGAAAGAUCCACAUGUUGCAGAGAUGGAUUGCUACUUCAUUUAUGUUUCCCAUGAACAAAAAAAUGGCACUUUUUCAGGAUGGAAGUGCCUUGGAGAGAUCAAAGCCAUGCCUCUUCCUAUGGCCUGCAAGUUGUCAGACUGUAAAGGAGAUAAACGACUGUGCUUUAUCGUGGUGGGGAAAGAUAUAUUUGCCCGUUAUGGGCCAUACAGUGAAAUACACACGGUUACACCAGGACAAAUGUGAUUCUGAAAAAUAUUUGGAAUAUUUAAUGUUUCAGUUUCUUAUAAGAUAUUGAGUUGGGUACAAAUAAAGUUAAAGCUGCUGUUUUUUUUUUUUUCCACUGCAGAAAAUCCAAGUUUCAAAAAAGUAUCAGAGAGCCAUGUAAGUCAUUCUUCUUAUUUGAAUCUCACUAAAACAACAGCAUUAAGAAAGAAGCUGCUGUCUUGUAUUGUUUAACAAAGCAGACAUCAUCCAUAAUAGGCUGCAGUGAAAUCUUUAGUACAUAAAGCUCAAAAGGGAAAUGUAUGUAAAUGAUUAAUUACAAUUAUUUAUAUAAGCUGGCACUAGUAACUGUAGCAGAAUUAUAUUGCCAACUAAUCUGUGCAUCCAGCAAACAUUGUCGUGGCCACAGACAAUACUUUCAUACAGUAUUAAUGCAUUAGAGCAUGUAGCAAAAUCGGAAUCGUAAAGGGUCAUCGAGUUGUAAUUUGUGCACAAGAGUUUUAUUAACUACACACUAAUGCAAACUAGUCUAACAAACAAACAUACAAUCACUCAUACAGGGGAAAGGGCAUUUGGAGAUUUGAUGGAUGAUAUCAUCAGGAAAACCCAAGAAUGGAGCUAUUGAAAAAAAGAGUCAGUUAACGCCUGAGUAAAACCAUCAGUUUAUAACGCGGUCUAUAGCUUAUACUAAACCUCUGUUUCGUUUAUUUUAAAGUAUGAUAACGUGCAUUUCCUUGGUCUGGAAUGAGCGUCUGGAUGAAAAGUCUUGAUGGUUUGGAGGUUCAGUGGUGUAGGAGUCGUGAUCAUGUUUUUCCGGUUUUGAAGGGUGAUGAAUUCCAAAGGUGUCUUGACUCGAUGGUGAUUGGGAGUUUCUUCCUAGUGGAAAGUGACAAAAGCAAAAAGAGACAUCAGAUGAGAUCCUAAUAUCUUUGGUGAAUAGAAAGUCAAGGCACGAGGCCUGGGGCAGACUUAGGGGUCCAAGAGAUUUCUAGCUCACAUACUCUUAACAGGAGAAAGGAAAGCAGAUCAAGAGAGGAGAUGGAACUGUGUAUGGGCUUUUUAAAGUAUUUUUAAAGAGACAGUUCACACCUCUCAGGAUGGGCUUGUUCAAUGAGAAAGGCUGAAAUUCCAAGCCGGAGGAAAUUACAACCCUUUGUGAAAACAUGGCAAUUUGGAAAAUGGAAUUCAAGUGGGGGUUCAAAAGAAGAAUCUUCAAGAUUCUUAGAAUAUUAAUGUAUUGCUUAUGUAACAACUUAUAAUAUACACUCUCAUUCAUAGAUACUAAACUUGGUAGGAUUACAUGUACAAGUAGUUCUAUCACAAGCAUGCAUAAAACAGUAUACAAGACAAAAGGACAAUAUACAAAAACAGUAACAACAUACACAAUGACCUGAAGUAUAUGUGUGUUCAUUCAAAGAAAGUUUUUUUUUUUUUUGCCAUUUUUAUAGCAGUAUGUCAGACAUGUUUACAUGUCUUGCUGAGGUGUCGUGGUUGCCAUGGCAUCCUCCAUCUAGUAUAUUUAUUGGCUGAGGGGUCUGUGAUCAUUUGUUGAUUUACUGAAUAAUUGAUUUGUUAAAUCGAACGAAAAAUGGUGUGUCUGGUCCAGAUGCUACAAAACUGAUUGUUAUAGUUUAACGUACAUGGCAGAAAUCCAUUUCUGAGACAAGAUUUGUUUUCUGUAAUGACCACAUUUGAGGAUUCUACUUCAUUCUGCUAUAGAAAUCAAUAUAACACUAUACCAGUCAUUCUCAAAAAUGUCGACUUCUGACUUACAGAUGUUAAAGUUAUGAAUUCUGUUGAGUUCUAUUCUCUGCCUUAAAAGGUGAUGACAUUAUAAUGCGGUCAAUCGCAAAAAAAAAAAAAAAAAUCCCAACUAUUAAAGGAGUCAUGAACUGAAAAACAAAAUUUCCUUUAAUCUUUUGACAUAUGACAGGUCAAGACUAUGGCUGAGUUCGAUAUCGCAUACUCAAUGAGCAGGUACUUAAUUACCUAACUUAAGUACUUAAUUAUCGAGUGCUAAAAGAGUAUACGUACUCCAAAGCCAAAUCUCGUUCAGUAUGAAUGCAAACUUCAUCCGCCAUUGUAGUGUUAUUAAUAUUUAGGGUUGAUUAAAAUUGUUACAUUUUAACUCUUCUAAUAUGACCCACAGUUUUAUCCUUAAAGAUAUUCUAUUUUAUUAUGAAAACCCCAAUAUUGUUGUUUUUUAAUAUGUUGUUAAUUUCUUUUUUAUGUGCAAACAUUUUUUAUAUACAAGCAAAACUGGCUUAUUCCCUGUUUUUCUUGUUGAAUUUAAAUCCCUUUGUUUCACCCCUCAGCUUAUCAAUAACAAAAACAACAAAUGUAAUUUUUCGAUUCAUUAUGGUUAUAUGAAUAUUACGAUUAUGCAGUGUUGCCUUUUUUCUGUUUCCUAUUAUGGUUGCUCGUUGUUAAAGAUAACCAUCUUUCCCUGAGCUUGUAUGUAUUUAUAAAUUCUGCAGUAAUAAGAUAAGAGGGACUCCACAACCAUAUAGUAUGGUUUUCCUCAGCGUUUGCAAUGUCUGCACAAAAAAAGACAUCGAUCAGCUGCUUGAAGAUUUUUUCCUUUGGAAAAGACUGUUUAUAUUAUACUCAAAAAUGCAAGAAUUACUACUUAAAAUAAGAUUUCCCCAAAAGUGCAUUGCUAGCCCAUCCAACUCCUACAAUAAUAAUGAUAAAUGCUGACAAAUAAUUAAUACAUUUUAUAUAUAAUGUUUGUAAAACAAGAAAAAUGCCACCGCUAUGAAUACACAAUGGACAAAUGCAGCAAAGGAUGCAGGACAAUCUCGUUGGACGACCUGUAAAACAAUUAAAAAGAGUAAAGUGUUUUACAUCUCUUGAUGUCAGUUUUACAUUUCUUGCUAAAUUUCAUGCAGAUUUUUGCUUCAUUAAUUAUGUGGUGUAGAGGCUAAACCACUGAACUGGUCAGCAGAAGGAUGCUGGUUCUUCACCACCGGUGUGUCCUUCAGCAAGGCUCUUUACUCCAGGUUGCUGCAGGAGGAUUGAGGUCCUUGUGAUAAGAGCACUGUGAGUCACUUCUGAUAAAACUGUCUGCCACAUGCAGAAAUCUAAAUGUGAUUUUUGUAAAUCCUUUUUUGUGUCUCAGGCACAGUCGCACAAUAAAGCUGCUUAUUUCUUAACAUUUAUUUCCUACUACUACUACAAUAUAAAUGCUUACAUAUAUUUCAUACAAUUUCUAUUUUAGGGGUUUUGCCUCUUGUGGUAAAAAGUGAGUGCGUGUGUGUGUUUGAGUGAGUGUGUUUGUCAUUGCUGUGUACUUUUUUCUGCAUUGUGUCAGAUUUGUUUUGUACAAUAUCAUAUAAAAUCAGUCAUUUUAACAUCA